GAUUAGGUCAUGGUGCUGCGCGAGGACAGGGAAUGCAGUGUCUGCUACAUGCCGUACUCCCGGCAUGGGCGGGUGCCACGCCUCCUCCACUGCCGUCACACCUUCUGUGCCCCCUGCCUGGAGCUGAUGGCCCAGGUCAAGAGCGGUCUGCUGACUGUGCGCUGCCCACUUUGCCGCCAAAUGACCUGCGUGGGCCGUGGUCUGGGCCUGCAGGAGGCGCUGUGGGUUGACACUGAGGUCUGGGACCAGAUCUCGGAAAGUGAAGAGGAAAAGGAGAGAGAGGAGGAAGAGGUGGAUGGGGAGAGCAUGAAGGCAGAUACACAGUUGCAGGUUGCUCUGCAGGCUGAACAACCAGCCUUCAAGAACUCCAGAUCCAGACUCAGACUUCCUGCCUUCCUGAGGAAAUUUCGGAAGCAGCAGCAAGAGAGAAUUAUGCCCGUGUGCAACAUAGAGAUGAAAUCUUGGCGCAGACUUACAGCUGAGGAAACAUUUUAGAAGGACUUGCAAGAAGGAGGUGCCCAGCAACAGCCAAUAUGAGUCUCUAAGGCCUUUGUUGUUUUUUUUGUGGUAAAAUGUUCUGAACAAGGUAUGUCUUCAAUAUUACCCAAAGGAAAUCUUGGAAAAAAUGCAAUACAUUGAAAUGGUUCAAGAGGAACAAAUACAUUUAAGAAUGCAUAUGCACCCAUUUAGAGACUGGCCUUUCUGAGGAAGUGGCAGAACUAAUGAUAUUAUGAGAAGGUUGUAUCAGAGGAAUCCUGGCCAUUGGCUGUUCUCUUUGUAAUCCCCCACAGCUGGUGUUGUGGGAUUUGGUUCAGCUGUGGCUGUCCUGAAAGAGCAGGUGUCUGCCCCCCGACCCAACACCCCCUCCCCCCCA